AGCCUGAGCUCGGCCCCCUUAAAGGGACAGGGACGGCUCUAACCUUCCGGGCGCCCUUGGUGACAAGAGGUGAAGUGGCUGAGGCGGAGAAGUCAUCAGUGCCCCAUGACUCUAGGAAGCAUGUUCAGGAAUGCAGCAGCCAUCUAUUUGCACCUGGUGGGGUCCCUCCAGAGAAAGAAGGCUGGAGCUUCACUCACCCGGUACUUGCACCAGACUGUAAGUGCACUCUGCCACAUGCAUGACCUGGGGCCCCUGGGAUCUGGCUUGGUCCUGGCUUCAGUAUGGGAUGUGAGUCUCCUCCUUCAGGAAGCCUUCCCUGACUGCAGCCUGGAUGUAGGUCCCUCCCUUGCCCUUGCCUCUAAUCUAGAACUUGUAGCUCUGCAUCUCAAUCCCAUCCAGCUGCCUCCCCAGUCAUCUCCUACUCCCAGCCCAUGUUCGUACAGUAGGUACUCAGUAAAUAGUACUGGACCAAGUCAUGGUUCUGACACUGAUCUUUGGACCAGGGCAGAUGCUAGUUGUCCAGUUUUUCUAGAAGAAUCCCAGUUCAUCGCUCACCCUGUCCUGGAAACGGACCGAAGUCCAGGUCGGGGUGGAGGGGUGGGUGGGCUGGUGCCAACUCUCCAUUUGUUGCCCAGGGUGGAGUUCGUGAGACUGGCCAGUGAGAAUGAUGCCGUGAACUUGGGACAAGGCUUCCCCGACUUCCCGCCCCCAGACUUCGCAGUGGAAGCCUUUCGGGAUGCUGUCAGCGGAAACUUCAUGCUCAACCAGUACACCAAGGCAUUUGGCUACCCACCACUGACGAAGAUCCUGGCAAGUUUCUUUGGGAAGCUACUGAGACAGGAGAUAGACCCGCUCGAGAAUGUGCUGGUGACUGUGGGUGCCUACGGGGCCCUAUUCACAGCCUUUCAGGCCUUGGUGGAUGAAGGAGACGAAGUCAUCAUCAUCGAGCCCUUUUUUGACUGUUAUGAGCCCAUGACAUUGAUGGCUGGGGGUCGUCCUGUGUUUGUGUCCCUGAAGCCGACCCCCACGAAGGACCAGGAACUAGAUUGCAGCAGCAACUGGCAGCUGGAUCCCACGGAGCUGGCCAGCAAGUUCACAUCUCGAACCAAAGCCCUAAUCCUCAACACACCCAACAACCCCCUGGGAAAGGUGUUCUCCAAGGCAGAGCUGGAGCUGGUGGCCAACCUGUGCCAGCAGCAUGACGUGGUGUGCAUCACUGACGAGGUCUACCAGUGGCUGGUCUACGAUGGGUGCCAGCACAUCAGCAUCGCCAGCCUCCCCGGCAUGUGGGAACGCACCCUGACCAUUGGCAGCGCUGGCAAGACCUUUAGCGUCACCGGCUGGAAGGUGGGCUGGGUCCUGGGCCCCAAUAGCCUCAUGAAGCACCUGCGCACUGUGCACCAGAACUCGAUCUAUCAUUGUCCCACGCAGACUCAGGCUGCAGUAGCCCAGAGCUUCCAGCGGGAGCAGCUGCAUUUUGGCCAACCCAGCAGCUACUUCGUGCAGUUCCCACAGGCUACCCAGCGCAAGCGUGACCACAUGAUACGAAGCCUACAGUCCGUGGGCCUGAGGCCUAUUAUCUCCAAGGGCAGCUACUUCCUCAUCGCAGACAUCUCAGACUUCAAGAGCAAGAUGCCUGAUUUGCCUGGUGCUGUGGACGAGCCCUAUGAUAGACGCUUCAUCAAGUGGAUGAUCAAGAAUAAGGGCUUGGUGGCCAUCCCUGUCUCCGCCUUCUACAGCCAGCCACAUCAGAAGCACUUUGACCACUAUAUCCGCUUCUGUUUUGUGAAGGAUGAAUCCACGCUCCAGGCCAUGGACAAGAAGCUGCAGGAGUGGAAGGAAGAACUUGGAGCCUGACGUUGCCCCCAGAGCCCUGUGUCACCUUGUUGGUCCCUGUACACUCUUCAGGGCUCUGUCUCUGUCCAGAUUUUAGCCAUUCCCAAAUUGGGGGUAGGUGGUACUGGUGGACCCCCUCUCUGUGACACAGAUAUCUGUAGGGAAAAGCCCUUCUUAGUCUUGGGGCAGUCAGGAACACAUCCCCAGGGUGCCUAUAAUCUUAUUUUGGAGGUGAGGAAGGCCUGACCUGGGCCUCUCCCUGUCCCUCCCUCAGUCAAGUUGUAGGGUCUUCGGUCCCCGUUGGCCUCCCCAGACGUAGCUGGGACUCAACAGGCAGACUCCAACAGUGUACUGCCUUGACUCCCAGCCAUGACCCCAGCCCUGCACUGGCCCCAGCGGAGGCUCAGGCAUUCCUCCCUUUCCUUAUCUAAACUUGACCUUAGGAAGUUGCCUUCAGGCUUGAGUCCUCAAGCCAGUCCUUUUUGCCCAUAAUAAAAUUGUAGGUUAUUCAAACAUU